GAGCCCCUACUUGAGCGUUUCUACGAGAUCUUGGACCAGUUCUGGACGGACGCUGAUGCUGAUGAUGCUGCUGCCGUUGGCGCGCCAAUGCUUGCGAUUGAGGAUCGGCCAAGACUUGCGAUAGAGGAUGGUGCAGACGGAGACCCGUAUGCAGUUGUUGAGGCCGAAGCUGGGUUGGAAGCUGCCAAGAUUCAUGCUGAGACUGACUCAGAGUAUGCCUCGGGGGCAGGUGAAGAGGCUCCUGAGACAGUUGCUCAGGAUGGACGGGCCAGCUUGGCCGAUGCAGCAGUGGAUGACAACUUGGACAGUGGCCUUCCUGAUCAGGGGCAGAUCGAUGUUGCGGCCGGAGAUGACGAAGCGAACCUUGCAGGCAAGGGGCCUCAGGAUUCCACCCUUGCCGGCAAUGAGGCUGAGGAUGGAGCACUCGCUUCUUGCAAAAGCGGAAAGCCUGCAAUGGCUGAUGGAGCUUCCUCUUUGGAGGCUGCAGCAGCAGUGUCUCGCAAGGAGCAUGACUUUAACUUGCCCGAGCCCAGGAAGUUGAGCAUGUUUGACCUCCAGCAGAUGAAGCUCCGCCUAUCCACCCGCAAGGAAGCAAUCAG